CAGAGUACAAAGGAGGACAAAGGAGGAGGAGAAAAAUUUAAGUAAAAAUGAACUUACAUGUGUUGAUUUGACGAAAUGAAAUAAUCGGAUAUGCUCCUCGACUCGGUUCAGGUAGGUCCUCGGCUAUGAUUUUCUAGAUGCAGGUAAGGUUCCUUCACGAGAGCACAAUUGCUUAUGAGACCGAGUUGUGAGGUGAGAAAAUGCUGUGGAAAAACAAUGUAACCAAACUGUAACACUAAAUAUAUAUUAUAAAUCAAUUUAGUGUUAUUUCACAAAAAUAUGAGAAUAUAACAAAAAUUUUCACUUACAAUCAAUAAUGUUAGCGCCGAGCUAAAGCUCUGGGGAGUAUCGGCAGUGUUCGCCAAUUGUGAUACACGCCUCCUUUGUGUUUCUAUCUCACUCGUACAAGCAUGCAACAGACAGAGAAACGACUUGCUAUAUAAUCGCUUUUCUCAGUGGAAAAUCAUCAUUCACGUUAGAGAGCUAUUAGUACGCGCUUCUCGACACCAUGGACAAGUCACACCGUGCAUCCUCAUCCUCAUUCUUAUUACCAGACAGCCCGCCUCCGGAGAGGGAGCUGAACUACUGGGAACAGCAGAAGCAGCAGAAGAAGCAGCAGAAAAGCCUCAGCUCAGCUGCCACCUCUGCUGCUACAGCUGUUGCCUCCACCUCUGGCGCCUCCUCAGAUCCCUUGAAGAAACAAGGGAUCUUCGUCCAAGAUGAGGAUUCCAGCAUCAUCGUGGGAGACAGCAGCCCUCUCCCGCAAGCUACUUGGGCACCACGCCGAGCGGCCCUCACAUCGGUACCCGCCCCCAAGCAGUCAGUGAAGCGGAGGUUGUUUGUCGACGACGACGAGCCUGGCGUCCUCACUCAAUCAAAGAUACGAGUGCAGCUACAGGAGUCGCAAGACAGCUCAAUAAUGUCUCUGUUAUGGGAGACGGAGGAGGGGGAGGAGGAGGAUGAAUUGGACAGGGAGACAGACGACUUUAUUCGAAUUAUAAAUUCCAGAUGUGAAAAACCCUGGACGCCUCUGCGGGAAUUGGAGGAGGGGUUACCAUACCCCAUCGUGGACGUGCGGGAGGCGUCCAACCAACAUGGUCGUCGCAUCAUCUUGAAACUAUACACUCCCGGAAUGAGGUCGACUGAGGUUUAUCUUCCGGAACGGUUUUCCGAAAUUGUAUCCUCAAACGAUAUGAGAAGUUCAAAAAGAACUGCACAAAAUCUUGCCUUCUAG